GCGUUUAGCCCAUUAGUCAAAUACAUAAUAUGCGUCGACCAUACGCAGACAGGAUGCGCAGCAUAGUCGUCUGCGUCCUACUUGCGCAGCGACGACACUCCCGAAGGCUCACGUCCCCACUAAAUGUAGUCAUCCAGAGGAGCGAGCUGAAUCAGUCUGAAUGUAGAGAAAAACUCAUUUACGUGCGCGUCCUCGAACUGUACGGCGUUCCCAAUGGCAGCAGCGUUUUGCCUGAAGAUCAGUAUUAUUGUUGGGCUGCUGUUCGGAAGGGCUCAACCCGCUCGUUUAUACACCGAAGAGGAUCCGGUGGUCAUAUUGAGCAGCGACAGCCUGAAGCAGACGGUGUUGAACUCCUCCAGCGCCUGGCUUGUCCAGUUUUACUCGUCGUGGUGCGGACACUGUAUCCAGUACUCGCCGACAUGGAAAGCACUGGCUGGAGAUGUGAAAGACUGGGCGCAGGCCAUUCGCAUUGGAGUUGUGGAUUGUGCUCAUGAGAAGAACUUCGACAUCUGUAAGGAGUUCGGGAUCCACUUUUAUCCCACCUUCAGGUAUUUUAAGGCACAUGACACCACAAAUGACUUUGGAAAGACAUAUCAAGGAGCUGACAGAGAGCUUCAGACAGUCAGGCAGUUGAUGGUGAACUUCAUCCAGAACCACACUAGACAAGACUGGCCUGUGGGCUGCCCUCCGCUUCACCCUGCCAGGUCUGAGGACGUCCUGUCCUUAAUGGGGAAGAAAACGGAGCAUUACACUGCAGUUAUAGUUGAGGACGGAAACUCCUACAUAGGGAGAGAGGUAAUUUUGGACCUGAUGCCAUAUGAGGGUUUGGUGGUGAAGAGAGCUCUGAGCUCAGACCAACUUCUAAUGGACAAGCUGGGGAUUAGUUCAGUUCCCUCGGCGUACCUUUUCCAGCCCAACGGCACACACACUGUUUUGAAUGUGCAGAAGAAGUUACGUUUUUUCUUCUCCUCCUUCCUAAAACUUCUCCCUGGAGUACACAGAAAACAGUCCACCUCGUCCCUGCAGCGUCCUCAGCCUGGGAUUAAUGGACAGGGAGCCCAGGUGGAGUGGAAAGAGUUUAAAAAGUCUAAGGUAUACAUGGCAGAUCUGGAGUCUGGCUUACAUUAUCUCCUGAGGGUUGAGCUGGCCACCCACAAGACCUUAGAAGGAGAAGAGCUAAAAACCUUCAAGGACUUUGUAACCGUUGUUGCCAAGCUGUUUCCAGGCCACCAGUCGGUGGUGAAACUUUUGGAGACAUUGCUGGAAUGGCUAGUCAGUUUACCUUUGGAGAAGAUCCCCUAUGAUGCCAUCCUCGAUCUAGUUAACAACAAGAUGAGGAUCUCGGGACUGUACCUGAGUGAACAAGUGCAGUGGGUUGGAUGCCAGGGUAGCAGUGUGGCACUAAGAGGAUAUCCAUGCUCCCUCUGGACUCUCUUUCACGUUUUGACUGUGCAAGCUGCCAACCGGCCUGAUGCUCUGGCCAACACCGGUUUUGAGGACGAUCCCUUGGCAGUGCUUCAGACCAUGCGUCGCUACAUUGGGACCUUCUUUGGAUGCCAGGAGUGUGGGAAGCAUUUUGAGGAGAUGGCACAGGAGUCUCUGAACCAGGUCAAGACUGUUGAUGAGGCGGUGUUGUGGCUCUGGAGGAAACACAACCAGGUUAACGCAAGACUGUCAGGUUCGAUGAGCGAGGACCCGAUGUUUCCUAAAACUCAGUGGCCCACCCCUGACCUCUGUCCCACAUGCCACGAGGAGCAGGAAGGCCUUCAUGUCUGGAACGAACAGAUGGUGCUCGCUUUCCUCAAGCAACACUACAGUGCUUCAAACAUCUCUCCGAAAUACUCCAGCAGCCAAUCAGAACCAGGCCCACCGGCGCCCGACAAACCCAAAGCCAUAACCAAACCCAACAGCAAAAUCCACAUCAACCAGAACCUCAAGUCUCCCGAGAUCCUUCCCAAGCAUCAGAAAAGGACUGACAGUGGUGGUGAGGUAGAGAAGCACAGCGGCGUCCAGAUCGAGGCCAGGCCAGGGAUGACGUUCUUAGGUUUGGGAUUCUCCAGCGUGGACAUGAGCCUCUGCGUGCUGCUUUACGCUCUGUCCUGCGUUUUCCUCAUGUUCAUGUUCUUCUUCUUUCGCUUUCGCUCAAAGAGAUGGAAAUUCAAAAACUACCGGCCGUAUGUAUAGCGGAGAUGGGGCGCUGUGAGGAGAAAAAAAAAGGUGAAUGUAAUAUGAAAAUCCCUGCCAAGUGUUAAAGGAGACUUUUAAUUUAUUUGAUUUACUUUUUAUUCGUUCCGUUGUUGAUGUUGUGAAGUAUUUUGUAAUGAAGAACUUGACUGAUGAAAGUUUGGUUUAGUUGGUGAACGAGCACCUUUUUGCGAGUAUUGCUCUGCUCUAAACCAAAUGAGGGGAUGAUUUAACAGGAGAAACUAUUUUAUUACGGUGAAAUGAACAACUUGGGUCAAAGUCUAUUUUUUAUGGAAUACGCUACAUUAUUUAUAGAGAUUUUUAUUGAAAUAAUAUAUCCUAAGUUUCUCACAGGGUAUAUUAUGAAAGUCACUCUGUCCCCAUAUUUCUGUUUGAUGGUCCAAGAAAACACUUGGGAAUUUGAUUUACUUUGUCGCUCAAGGUCGCUCGCUGAGAAGCCAGUGACACGAAACACACUGCCUGUCAAUGACCAGAGGUGGAAGCAAAAACCCUGUGUUUUGUGAAUUUAAAGGCUGCUUUUUCAAAAAAAAAAGAGCCACAUAUUUAUAGACUUCAUUAAAAUUCUGAUUUACUCUGGAUUUACAUGAGUACAGUUAUGGAAACUACUAAUGACACUUCUUCUGAAUUUAAAACAGAAAUGUUGACAUUUAGCAGAGGUGGGGGUAAGUCACAAGCAAGUCUCGAGUCAACCUUUAAGCCUCAAGCAAGUCAAGUCAAUUUUUGUCAGACUCAAGUAAAGUCACCGCUUAUUUCAGGUCAAGUGAAGUCGUAGCUUGGUCUAGCAAGUCACUUUCAAGUCAAUCAAAUUUUUGUAGAUUUUCGAACUUUUGCUAUUUUGUAUAUACAAAUAGUAUAAACUUUGAUUAGCCAAGAUGUAAGCUGAAAACAACUGAACUAACUUCAUAACUUACUAUCUUUGGUGUGAUUUAAAUUGUCAAAUGAACUUAAAAGUUGUGGUAAUUGAGUCACUCACUUUUGAGUUGCAUGCUUUGCAUGUUGCUUUUCUUUUUGGCGUCGUCUUGCUUGUAAUCUUUAAACCCGAAUUUCAUCUUUGGAGGAGCGCCUUCCAUUUCUCGUUACUGUAUACUCUUCAUGACCUGAUUGGUUUAGUUCAGCAAAUUCAACUUUGUGUUUCCAGUAAAUACUAAUCCACAAAAUACUUAAAGUUACUUACCUUUUAACUUACCUGGCACCCUUUGACAUGGACAAAAAACAAUAUGUAUAGUUAUCCACUUAUUUAAAAAAUCAUCAACGCGAGUCAGGAAUUGGUUGCAGUGCUUUAUUCAGAAAAGUACAGAGAACCUAUCUUUCAGAGCAAUCUGAGAACCGAUAAGCUAAUAAGACUGCGCUUGCGUUUGUUAGAACUUUCAGACUUUUUUUAAAACAAACAGUUUGUAUUUAACUAAAACAAGUUAUUUCGAGUCAUUCAACUCAAGUCCAAGUCAAGUCUCAAGCCAUGACAGUCAAAUCCAAGCAAGUCGAGUCUUUUUGGAUAUUUGCCAAGCAAGUCUCAAGUCCUAAAUUUUGCAACUUCAGUCUGACUUGAGUUAAGUCAUGUGACUGGAGUCCCCCUCCUCUGACAUUUAGAGGAUUUUUGUGAGUAAUCACACACUGAGGAAGGCAUAGUGCCGAAACGUUUGUCUUUAAAUCACUCGAAGAAUGUAAGAAGGAAAAGUAAAAACGGUACGAAGCAAUUACUUGAUGAGUGCCAAUCAUUACCUUUUUGAGUAAUCGACCAAAAGGCUAAACGCCGAUUUAUACUUCUGCAUCGCGUAUGGUAGCGAAAACUCUGUGAUUGGUUGGCUUGGUAGCAGUGAUGAGCAUGGGUGGUGCUGAGAGCUGUGAGCCCGAUGGAGCGAGUGUUUAACUGCUGAAUCCUGUGAAGGAGCUUUAGUUGUUUUAUGUUUACCUUUUGAUUAAAGUUAGCAGGUUCCAGUCUCCGAAUGAGCGAGCUUUAACUACUUGUAUAUUGAGGUAGCAUUCAGAAAAAACAAAACACCCUCGAAGUAACUCAACACAGAGGAACGUAACCUAUCAGCAUGCAGAAGUACAAAUGCACGGCUACGCGCAAGGCUUACGAUGUAGGGUCAUGGCGAUCACUUGAUGCAGAAGUAUAAAUCGGCCUUUUGCCUUUUGGUUGAUUACUCACAAAAAACAGCCUUGAGACAUGUUUAUAUUCAUUUUUAGAGAACACAGUACAAGUAAAAUAAAUAAAUAAAUAAAUAAAUAAAGCAAUAUUUGCUGGAAUGACCAUGAUUUUCAAUAACAAAAAAAUAUUCUUUAAAUGGCAGAAUCUCUGUUUGAAAUUGAGAAGAAAUGUUAUUAGACUAUUAAAAGAAACACAUAGUAACAUUUUAUUUAAAGCCAUACCGAAUAUAUCCAGUAAAACAGAAUUUUCAGGUGAUCUUCUAUCUUAUUGACCUCAUAAGUAGGCCCACACGGAAUCUGCACGGUCAGAUUUCUGCAGAUUUUCCGCAUAUUUCUGCAGAUUUUUAGGCCAUCGUUAAUUCUGUUUAUCUACUUGAGUAAAUAUGUGUGUGAAUCUUGAUUUACUCAGUUUUUAAAUAAUUACAGUAAUAUUAUUGACUAAUAUGAAAAUGUUCAUCUGAUUUAUGUACAAUGCAGUUUGUACAGUAAUUUUUUCUGUCUUUCAGUAGAUAUAUGAGAGACUUGCUUUGUUUACCAAAUAAAAUGAAUUUAAUUGGAUUUGCAUUUUAAACAUUAAAUAAAAGUUAAAAAGAUAUUAUUUUUUAUUUAAAAUAUUUAGAUUUUAGUUAUGAUACUCCCAAAAUAAUUCCGCAGAUUUUUAUCAAAAUUCUCUGCAGAAAUGGCAAAAAACAUCCACAGAUUCUGUCUGUCCCUACUUAUAAGUGACAUUAUUCCUAGAGUUGAUUUAAAAAUCUUAUUGUAAAUUUCCUCACCAGGGGAUUUAUGAUAACUACAUUAAUGCAUUUCAAAAGUCAUCAAAUUAUGUGUCAAAUUUGGUGCUAAACUAUAUUGAUCACAAUAUUUUCAGUUUAUUUUUUUGUACAAGUGAUUGUAAUGAUCAAUGCGUUUUAAUAUAAAUCUCCAAACACACACCAUCUAUGUUGAACCUUAUAGGCAGCGAUUCAUUUAAUGUACUCCGAGGAUUUCCUGAUUACAGGCUGUUCAGUGUUCAAUGUAUAUCACUACUGCGGUUUUUAAUUCAAAGUUUACAAGCCUGUUGACAUUGUGAACUGUUUUAAAAUGCCAUUAUUAAACAAAGUUUGCUUUGUGGACUGAUUUGAAGUAACGUGUUCACCUUGUGAUAUUUCACUAUUUAAUGGAGCAUUGUUGUGGAGGAUAAAUAUUCCCUAAUAAAAUAUGGCUUAUGUGUUGUG